UGCUUGCUGUUUGUAGUUUUCAACAAAUGGAAUUACUGCAGAUUGAGUCAAACAUGCCUAAAGCAAAGAACACCCUUCGGAAGCUCUACCUGCUCGCUUGUAUCUGUUUCUUGCUGAACGUUGUCUACGUUCUGCAUCAUUUAUGGAGCCACGGUGGUGUCAUGUCCAGAAUUAAUAUUAACAAACUUGAAGAAGCUGGGAGUGAAUUUGCUAAACCACCUAUUAACGAGGUACGCCAUGCCAUGGGAACCGGUUUAACAGAUCACGAACCGGUUAAAGCUGACGAGGGUGAAGAUAGUCACGGUAAACCCCACGGGAAAACAGGAGAGUCUAAAUUAAUUUCCAAAGAGGAGAGUGAGAAGAAUAAAAAGAUGCUGGGGAAGUUGGAGGAAGACGCAGCUGCAAAUAAUGAGCAAAAACUUCGAAAUGAGAAGAUUGAUCAAGCACAGGAGAACCAAAUAAUGAUGAGGAAAGGAUUAGACAUGAAGAUGAACGUCACAAAACAAAGAAGGAAGAUGCCGUACUUCAACAACACACGGGCUGGCGAUGAAGGCGGGCCAGGAUCGAUGGGAGAGGGUGUGGUCAUCACCGGCCUGUCUGCUGCCGAUCAGAUGCGUGUGGACCACGGGAAACAUGACCACGCCUUUAAUGAAUUCGCCAGCUCCAAGAUGUCACUGCAUCGGUCGUUGCCUGACGCUAGAUUCAAAGAAUGCAAGUCAUUGAAGUAUCCACAAGAUUUACCUAAGACAAGUAUAAUCGUGUGCUUCCAUAACGAGGCUUGGUCCACACUUCUGCGCACUCUCCACAGUGUUCUUGACAGGUCGCCAUUGCAUCUGAUCCACGAAAUCAUCUUUGUGGACGAUGCGAGCAACCUCGAGCAUCUGCGAGAGCCGUUAGAGGAUUGUAUAUCAUUGAUUCACGAGGUGCGGAUACGAAUCAUACGAUCCAAGGAACGAAUAGGAUUGAUCCGUGCGCGCAUGCUCGGUGUGGACGUCAUGCAGGGUGAAAUUAUCACCUUUUUGGAUUCCCAUGUCGAAGUGAUGAUAGGCUGGCUUGAGCCUCUACUGGCCAGGAUAUCUGGAGAUCGGAAACGAGUUGUCAUUCCCAUCGUCGACGAAAUCAGCGACACCAACAUGAAGUAUAAAGUGAUUUCAGAGCCCUUGCAAAGGGGAGGUUUUAACUGGAGAUUCCAAUACCGAUGGGUCUCGGUACCAGACUACGCCAGCCGUGGAUCGAAAGCUGACCCGAUCAGAACCCCGACCAUGCCCGGAGGUCUACUUUCCAUGGAGAAGAAGUUUUUCACCGAGCUUGGAAGCUACGACCCCGGAAUGGAAAUUUGGGGAGGGGAGAAUCUAGAAGAGUCUCUCAAGAUCUGGAUGUGUGGUGGUAGCAUAGAGAUGAUUCCAUGCUCACGUGUGGGUCACAUUUAUCGAUCUCGCUCACCCUAUGCGUUCCUUGGGAAGAAACCAAUGGAUGUUGUGGAAAGGAACGCUAUACGAGUCGUUGAGGUGUGGACUGACGACUAUAAGGACAACUUUUACAACCGUCUUCCGCACCUGCGCAGAGUGGACUUCGGUGACGUCAGUGAUCGACGCAAGUUGAGGGAGCGGCUUCAGUGCCACAGUUUUGAGUGGUAUCUUCAGAACGUAUACCCGGAGAUGUAUGUGCCCAAUAUGAACGCAGUGAUAAAGCAUUCAGCUGCGGUUGCAAGCAGCUUGGGAUUUUGUCUGGACUCAAAUGAUCAAAAUGGACAGACGGGCAAGAAACUCAUCGUGUGGGGGUGUCACGGACAGGGCGGUAACCAGUAUUUUGAACUGACAGACAAGGGUCAAAUGAGGAAUGACGAACUCUGUCUGGAGCCUGAUAUCCUCGAUCGUUUUGUCUUACUGGAAAAGUGCAGCUCGUCUGGCGACAGACUAACACGGCAAAAGUGGGAGUUUGAUGGCCAGACAUUGAAGCACGUUAAGUCCAGGAACUGUCUACAUUUGGACAAACCAGUAAAGGGAUCUGAAGUCGAAGCGAGAAUGUGCUAUCCGAAUGAUCCUAAGCAGCACUGGUCAUUCACGUGAUUUGAGUCCACGCCAUGUUACAUAAUAAGCCAUUUGUCAGUUAGAUUUGAAGAAUGUCUGGUACAAUGACUUGCAUUAGUCACACAUGUACCGCUUACAUUUAAAUUCCUUAGACUUUAGAGACAAUUGCUAUGUCAAAAUGGUUCGGGUCAAGCUUUUGUAAAGGAAUUACUCCAGAUGAGCAAACCCUGAGACCAUUAAACAUCCAUUCAGAGUUGUGUAUGUGUGUUCACCGUCUCUAACGUAGUUUACGCAAAAGCCUUCCCCCUAAUCAGGUGACAUAUAGCAAAUGUCUUGGUAGUCUGAGGAAUUCACAUUUUUAGUGGUAACUUGUGAUUUAGCACGUCAUUGUACUAGAUAAUAGUUUAAAGAAACACGUUGCCUUUGAUCGGACGAGUUGGUCUUUGUAAAGCGUUCCAAACCUACGUGGUUAGAAGUACGAGUUGGUCGAGUUGGU